GAGAGAUCAGUUCCGGAUGAUUUGGGGUCAUACGUAGGGAAUUCCUCACAUUCAACAGACUCGCAAUGCUCAUACGAAGGGUGUUACAGUGUGGGCUUUCGGCGGUGAGGGGCACACGGACCGUGCACCUCAGCGCAGCGUGGAGGACUCCCCUCAUCCCUAUCGUAGUGGAACAGACGGGCCGGGGGGAGCGUGCCUACGACAUAUACUCCAGGUUGCUGAGGGAGAGGAUAAUCUGUGUGAUGGGACCUAUCGAUGACUCUGUGGCCAGUCUGGUUAUUGCUCAGCUGCUCUUCCUACAGUCAGAGAGCAACAACAAACCCAUUCACAUGUACAUCAACAGCCCAGGGGGUGUGGUGACGGCGGGAUUGGCCAUCUACGACACCAUGCAGUACAUCCUUAACCCCAUCUCCACCUGGUGCGUGGGCCAGGCAGCCAGCAUGGGCAGUCUGCUGCUGGCUGCGGGCACCAAUGGCAUGAGACACUCUCUGCCCAACGCCAGGAUCAUGGUGCACCAGCCUUCCGGGGGAGCCAGGGGUCAAGCCACAGACAUUGCCAUUCAAGCUGAGGAAAUCCUUAAACUGAAGAGACAGAUCAACAACAUCUACUGCAAACAUACAGGCCAGCCCCUGGAAACAAUUGAGGGCGUGAUGGAGAGAGAUCGUUACAUGAGCCCAAUGGAAGCCCAGGAUUUUGGCAUCAUUGACAAGGUGCUGGUUCACCCCCCUCAGGCCGGCCAGGAUGAGCCCGAGCUGGUGCAGAAAGAAACCCCCACGGCUGCUGGCCCUUCCUCGACCUCUGACCCCGUGGCCCCUGAACAGGGAUCCGCGGGGGCCAACCCACCCUCUUCCUACAAGCCCGAACCCUAAACCAGCCCUGGAGAGCUCACAAUGUCCAUACCUCUGUACUGAAAACAUUUCUGGGAUCAAAGCCAGCAGCACUGAAAUGAAAACUCAAAUGUGGUGUCAUCAGAUGUGAAUUUUACCUGUAAAGUGUUGACUGGAAUAUUGUUUCAGAUGUGCAGCAGUACUGAAAACAAAAGGCUCAUUACAUAGUGAAAUGAGGAACCCUUUGCUGUAACACUCUUUCGCAGUGGCCAGGAAAUUGAAGGACAGAAAGGUAAAAAAAUGUAAGACUAGCCGUAGAGGCAGUUUGAAUAGUAUGAGUAUUGCCCAUGGCAAUAUAAAAACCUCCGUUAUCCACACUGACAGGACCCCAUGUGUCAGUAUUAAUACAACCAACUUUACUGUGGUAAUGAAUGAGUUUAAAGUGUAAAUGUGACUUUCCACAAUUGGUGUCCUUUUGCUGACAUUUUAAAAAGAUGCAAUUAAAAGAACCGUCUUAUA